AAAGAAAAUCUAGGCGCAGAGAAAGCUCCAAAUCGGGGAAAGGAGAAGAAGGUUGAGAGAACUGGGUAGGCAAACAACAAUUUUUCCCCUGUCGCAGCAAGCUUCUUUUCCUCAAUGAGGCGGUCUGGUGGGGGUGGUGUCGGAUUCUGUUCCUUGGUCGAAUCCUUUCCUUUUGAUUUAUUGUUUUGUCAUCCUUGUUUCUGUCGUGGAUCUAGAGAAGGCAUAGCUUGGUUCCUGCUUUGAUUUUGAUUUGUUUAUGUGAUUCUAAGCUGCUGUUGAAGCUCGGUUAUAUUCCCAUUCGGCACAUCUUUUUGGAUGUUUCUUCCUAGCCGUCAUAGGUGCUGCAGCUAAACCUAAUUAGAAAUGAAGUUAAUGGGAGUUUUAAGUGGAGCUUGCCGAACUUGUUCUUCUGUACAUAAUCUACCUCCUGUAGUAUUAAAAGCUUAGCUACUUUAUGGUACAAAUUAUGUUUUGCUCUGUCAUUUUUUUCUUCUACUUUUGUUUGAGGAGAUUCUAUUCUUUUUAAGAGAAGGCAAGCAAUGCAUUUGUGAAACUAUGUAAGAAGGUGUUAUUCUUGAGUUCUAUCUCUCUCUCCUCAAAUCAAAAACCCCAAAAAAAUCAUACUGUUUACUUUGGCUUUCUUGUUUGGCCCUACUAACUCAUUUUCUUACAAGGUUCUAUGAAAUAAACGAAUCUUCAUAAAGGAGCUUUAAUUGGCUUAGUGGGACUAAUAUGACAACUAUUCAGGUCGUUUUGAGGGUACAUAUGCUUAUACUGUUUGUGUUCUUCUGCUAUCAGACAACCACAAGAAACUACCCAGGUUGCUUGAUCAUGGGUUGAUUCAUGGACAGAAAGGGUUGAGGCAAAACCCAUCAUGGAACACAAUUAGAAGACAAGAGAGGGGAGACGAGAAGCAGAAAGGGUAAGACUUUGGCAAACACAAUGGAGAUAACUAUUUCAAAUGCUGGAUUAGAAGAAUUUAAGCACCGAAUUUAUUAGGUUCUCAAGUUCUCUGUCAAAAGAAGCAACAAUGUUUUUGAAGGACUUGGCUCAGUCUUUCAUGAAGUGCAAUCAAGUCAGCCAAGUCCUGAACCUCUCUCUAGCCUUUCAAUAUAAAGGACUUGAAGUCAUGUAGUAGGCUGACUAUUGCCGUAUGGCGAAGGGUUUUUUUUUUUUUUUUUUUUUGCAGAAAUUGGGAGAAUUUCUCUCCCUAUCCAUUCUGCAGAGGAGAAAUCAGCCUGAAAUUGGAAGGAAAGGGAGCAAAAUAGAGAGAAAAAUCAGUGAAAAGGGUUUCCCACCACUAGCCUUGAUCUUGAAACCCAAUGAAGUGGGGAGAUCCAAGAUGAUCAUAUCUGGCCAUGGCAGAACAAGCAGGAAGGAGUGGUGUCCUGGGGUAUGCUGGAUGUCAAAAGAAGCUAUGGAACAGAGGGUGAGAGUAAGAGUGCGAGAUGGUGUAGAGGAGCAGUAAAGAGGGGCAUCACAGACAUCAAAUCUAGCAUUUAGGCCUCAUUGGAACUCCUACAGCAUUUGGGAUUGCCAUGUUUUGUUUCACGGUCCAUUUCGCACAGAGAAUCCAGAUCUGAUUUUAUAAAUAGUAUCUAUAUGGUUCUUCUCAGGAAUGGUAAGUUUCUUUCCACCUUUCUGAUUGGUGUCUACACCUAAUGGAUUGUUUGAAGUUCUGUAGUAGCAAAGCAUGAUGGGAUGGGAUUCUAAAGCAUUGUUGCUGAGAAGAAUGGAGUUACUUUCUGCUUGUUUUUUGACAUUUUUAGGGGUGUUGUUACAAUUUGGGUAAUGGUCUUUCUAUGGAGUAUUUAUGCUCUUCAAAAUAAAGCUUACUAAUUAUGCACUAUGAAAUCAUGUUUGGAUGUGUGGGAAUGAAUGUAAUUAUCAAAUUCAUAAAAUCUAAAGGCAAAAAUUCAUGGGAUGAUUUUGAGAGGCAAUUUUGCUUACAAUUAGGAGCAAAAUAAAAUACAAAUUAGCAUGAUCCUGUAGUACUUAGAAGAUGUAGUCAUACUGGAAUAAAGAUUGUUUAAUAAUAGACCAUGGUACCUCAAGCUGCUUCUCAAGUGGCUUAGGGAUGGCUUUCUAGCAUUUGAAUAUUAAGUUUCUAAUCAAGCAAUCUUAAGGUUUAGCUUGAGUUGUAAUCCAUAGUAGUUGAUAUAAAAACGUGCUCUCAAAACCAUCUAUGAAAUGUUUCUGAGCAACAAUCCAAGUUUCUUCGAUUUCUAUUGAUAAUUUAAAUUAUGUUGUGACUGUCUCUAAUGUGAUUACAUAAUCUAAUGCUCUAGGAUGUUAGAUUUCUCGCAUGUCAUAUAUAACACAUUAUGCACCUGCAAUAUUUUCAACUCAACUAAUAUUCUAUUUAUGAUCAAGAAAAGAUUCUGAUCUAGCAGAUUCACUUUCUUGAUAACCUUCUUCUUUUUCAUCUACUCCAACCUUCUUUUUGUCUUUUUAUAUCUUCAUAGUCUGCAGGGACUAUAUGGGCUGCAUAGAAUUUGCACUUUGCAACAUGGUUUGGAUAUUCAUUUUUUGGGGUCUUGAUUUUCUGUUUGAUUUUCAUUUUUGAAAUUAAAAAGAUUUUAAAAAUAGAUUUCUCUUAUGUUGAUCAUUUUUUCCAGCAGAAAUGCUUACCAAGGAAAAAUUUAAAGUUUAUAUCUAACAAAUUUUUUAAAGAAUUGAAACCUAAAGCUAGAACAAGAGUCAUGACGAGUGGGGUUUGGACUUUCUGCAAUGUGUUAAUUGAUUAUGGGAAAGGGAAUUUAAUGGAAGCUAAACACUAUAUUUAUGUUUUAUAGGCAUUUAACUAAUUCAUGUAAUUUUUUUCGCUUUAUCAUUUGUUUUUUAACCCACAUGAAGUCUUUAUUUUUGUUAAUGGCAGAGUUAUGGCUUUAAAUGAAGCACAUUCUAUUAUGAAAUUAUUGGAUGAUACAUCUAUUUGAAGGAGGUACUGGUUUAAGCCAAUAGAUGGGGUAGGAGAAUAUCAAUUCAUUUGUGAGUCAACAAGAUUUCAGAGCUUUUGCUAUAGGUUCUAUAAGAAUUUGAUAUUUUCUUUGCACAUGGUCCAAGGGUGGAUUGUGGAAGAGUCAAGGAUACCUUAAAGCUCCAAUUGCAACAAAGUGUAUUCUCUUAAGAACAAAAGCUUUGUAGUGUUGUAGGUUUGUUUGCUUCUUUACUUUUCUUCAAUUUGAUACUUUUCCCCUCUUUUUAAUAUUGUUACUUUCAGUCAUUUUUUACCUAUUAGAAUUGAUGAGAGAUAUGAAUCUUAAGGAGUUGAAGCUAAUAUUUGAGGAGCUUGCUAAUAUUCUUUUGGUCAACUGUAGGGACUUUGUUGGCCAAUUUAAAGCUACAUCAAUAGGGGUAUGGAAACCAACAUUUAUGAAAGAAUAAUCUUCUUGAAAGAAUGCACGCAAUAUGCUUUUCACGUUUGUUCAUUUACCUUCUAUUUCCUAAUGAUUUGUAGGUCAACAAUUCUCUUCAUUAAACUUUAAAUUACAUCAUUGUACCUAAGAAUUUUAUUUUUAUUUUUUUUAAGUUGUGCAAUCUAUAAUUCCUCCUU